AAUCAACAGUUAUGAUGCACGAACAUCGAGACACGAGGCCUACUGGAGUAAUAACUCGAGUUUAUCAUCUCACUUGUUCUUAUUCUCGGCACAGCUGUAGGUCGUUUCAUGUUUUUGUAGAAGUAUCAGUGGAAUCGUCAAAAUGUUACAAUUACGGAGACAAUUCCAAUGAUCGCGUAAUGUCAGUUGCGAGUGACGCACCAGCGUUUUUCGCAGCUCGCUGUUUUUACGAAACGAUGUCAAACGGAUAAAUUAUGCCACGAAAGGAGAACACCAAAGCAAAAACAUGGGAGCGAGACAGAAGAAAACGUAUGAAUGCGUAUUUCAAAACCCUAGCAGAUUUGCUACCACCACAUCAAGAGGGUCGCAAACGCAACAAAGUCGAUAUCCUCAUUCAUGCGUCAAAUUAUAUAAAAGACCUCCAUAGUCGUACUGAAGAGUUAUUCUCUACACAUGCUUCUGAAGCGCAUAAAGAAGAAUUGGCUCGUUUGAAGAAACUUGUGAGUCAACUAAUGUCUCGUACUCAGUUACUGUCAAGUCUUCUUAAAGAAGCAGGAAUUUCUGUACCAGCUGAGCCAGCUCUUGAGAAAAUAUCUCCUUUGAAAUGGUCAAAUAAAUUUAAUGUUGAUGAUGUAGACAAAUAUUUUGAUAAGAUUGAAGAAAAAAAAAGUUUAGAGAAAAAAAGGAAGGAGAAACCUGUAGAAUUUAAAGUGCCUUCUAAAAGAAAAUCCAUGACAUCGUCGACUUCAAAAAAGCUGUCUGAAGAAGUUGCUAUUGCUAAGACUAUCUGCAAUUCAAUAGAAAAUCAAGAGAAUCGAGUGAAUUGUGCCAAUGGUAAAAACUAUAAUUCUGAUAGUACAAGUAGCAUAGCUGAAAAUGGAUCAAAGGAGACAGAACGUUGUCAAAAUGGUUCUACCAACGAGUCAAUCAUAACCAGCACUCCAAAUACAAAGAAAAAGACUACGGACAAGAAAGCCGAGUCGCAGAAAGCAUUGAAAAAGAAGAGUAAGCGGAAAGACGAGAAAAAGUCGACGUUACCGCAUAUGGCUAGCACCGUCACAAAUUUAGCCCCGAACACGCUCAUUUUGUCCGGUGGAAAAUUGAUGCCACUAGUGACUCCAAUGACAUCGAAUAUCAUCGUGAAUACGCAGCAGGCGCCUACUAAUCCGAUAAUUCUCGGUAGCACGCAACAAAGUCAGAUGAUCGUGAUGCAACCAUUACCAAAUGGUGUUCAAAACACAGUUGUCUCUAUAUGCAAUCACGCGCUGAUCAACACCGUGCAGAAAGUCACCCUAAAUACCGUGCCGAGUAUUCGUGCGAACAUGGUUGUUGAUUCUCACAAUUGGGCAUCUAACGUGAAGAACAUAAUCAAUGCCACGAAGAUCGGCGGGCACAAGGGUAUAUUGCCGAAAGGCAAGGAAGUCACAAAGACGACCAUGACUUACAAAGUGCCUAUUCCGGCGAUACAUAAAGAUAAAGUGGAAAAGCCUAAGGAGAACACGAAUAAGAAGGAGUCGGAAGUGAAAACGAAGGGUAAUAGGAGUCACUCGAAAAAUCAUAAAAGCGUACAGAGUACGGCGGAGAGUAUCGAGGAGAAUAACGAGAAGAAGUCGCCGAAAGACACGACUGCAAAAGUUCAAGACGAUGCGAUUAUGGGCCGAAAAAGUGCGCUUAAGCGUGGUUUGUCCUCGGAACCUGAUUCCACGGACGAGCCGGAGGACAAGAAGCGAAAGGAGAACGAAGAUAACAACGAUGGGAAAACUACCCAAGUCGCAACGUCGAAAGGGUCAGAUUUUACCGCUACUUGCAAAUCUAUCGAGAGCUUGAAGCACGUCAUAGAAAAAAUAGGCGAAGACAUUCAAGAGGAGCACACAAUUACGACUAACGAGAAGGAAGCUGACGCGAAAUCGAACGAUACGAUUUCGCUAGCUGCGGAUGCGAGCGAUGUAGAUCACGAGGAAGUUUCCAAAGCAUCAAAGCUAAUGAACAUAGUAGACACUAGCUGCUUUGAGAUAGACAAGAAAACGAACGAAGAUAUCGUUGCGUCGUCGCAGUCUGAUAUUUCAGACAAGUUUCCCGGUGAGUUGCUGAAAACACGCGAAACAGAUGCGCCCGAUCGAUCGUCCAACGACUUCAACAUGUCGAUAGACAGUAUAGUGGAGAAAAGUGGCGAAAGUACAGAACAAUUGGGUUCGAAAUCCACUUUGACAGACGUUGAAGCGGUGGAGAAGGCUGUCGGCUCGGAAGGAUCGAAGGAAGUAUGCAAUUUGGGUACACGUUUCGACAGCCUGCUGCGCGUCACAACAGCAAAGGAGCGACAUCAAAUCAACGAUACAAUGAGCGGCGCAGAGAGUAAUAAGAUUAUCUUAAAUUUAGAUACAAACACUACGACGACAAUGAAACCUGAUGCAGGCGCAAAUAUCGUCGAAGUUGCGGUAUCGACGUCGUCGUCUUCAUCUUUGUCAUCGUCAUCCUCGUCUUCGUUAUCAUCGACGUCGACGUCGUCAUCAUUGUUAACCGCGGUCAACGACGACACCAAAUUAACGAAGAAAGAUGAAAUCUCGAAGUCAUUGUCGUACACUAACGAGAACACGUUUGUGCCGAUCGGUAACAGAUCGGACGGAUUGCAUUCAGACCUCGACAAUGAUAUAUUCGCAUCCUUGCAAGUACCUUCGAGUUCACAUAAUCCGGAGUCGAUGUCGCCCACAGCAGCGUUCCUUAUGGCGUUUCCGCUAGUAGCGUCCUUGAACGGCAAAACCGAGGUCCUGGACGAGGAGAUGAAGGAAGACUUCAAGUACCACAGUCAAACCCCGCCUAUGUUGUUGCAAAUCGGUACCAUGGAACCAAACAGCUUCAAAAUCAAGACGUCCUCGUCGCACACGAUUGCGGAGAAACGCCUGAAGGCAACCUGUGAGGAAAAACAAGGCAGCGCGGUCGCAUCCGUGAAUGUGAGCCCGACGAAUCCCGAGAUGAUCGUCCCUGUUGAGUGCGGCACGACCAAGAGUUUACCAAAAGUAGUGAACGAGGAGACGUUGCGAGAACCGUACAAGAUAGUACAAACUUGUUUAGCGACGACCUUGGAAAAACCUGUAACGACUACCAGCACAUUCUCCACUCACACCUCCGUAAAUUUCUCUACCGUGGAGUCCGUGUGCAUCGUCGGCAACUCUGCGGGUCUUGCGCCGAAUUCGAGUCGUCAGAAUCAAUUGGCAACGAGGGAUCACGGUGCAGUACCUAAUACUCUGAACAAUAACAACGUCAUCGCGUCUCAGACGUCUCAAGUGAACGUCUCUACGUCGGCGGACAACAAAGGAAACAUCGCGAAUUGCACGUCUCAAGCAACCACGAGCCGUAUCCCCGACGUGACAUACUCGGUACCGCAAGACUUUCUGCCGAAUUACUCAUCAGUUGUGGUAGGUAAUAGUCUCGGCAACACGUUGCAGCAAUCGACCUCGUCUGUGUUCACGAACGCGACAACGCAGAACUCGAUCGCCACUGUUGUCCCGCGCAUCGACACCACAGACGGUUCCCAGAACAUGUUGAACGCGCGUCUAGAUAACGUGACCGCGACGACGAAUUCUUCCCCCAGCACUUUGCGCUCCUUGCAAGUGGACUAUGCUGGUCAAACAAAGGACAAAGAUUCGCAGAGUUCGUCGCACAACGUUAUCUAUCCGUCACACAACAAGGAUGCGCUCAUCGAUCCUAGCAUCGUUUCCGAUCACCGAUCCGCCGAUUAUGCUAAUCAAGUCAACCGAAGUCUUCCCGCGACGUCCCAGAGCCUGCAGAGCUACUCCACACAAACCAAAGAAACCUCUCUUCCGAUUCUUCCUUCGCAGGACAUGCAGCCCGUUUACAAUCAGACUAAGGAGAGCCAUGUUCUAUUAGGUUUAAAUACCUCUCAGCAGACGUUCCCUGUUCAUAAAAAGGAACACGUUAUCGCGAGUUCCCACAACGAUUAUGUUGGAGAUCAAGCGAAAACAAUACCGCAAAAGGACUCGAUAUCAUUUGCAACCAGUGGUGAUGGUGAGACAAACGCCCAGUCACGGAACCAAGGCUACACCACGAAGACUACGACCCAAAGUUCCUCAGAAAAUCCUUUCCAACGAAGCUAUUCCAAGCUGAGCAAAAGCACAGACACAUCAGACAACACAACGGUGAAUCAGGAGACAAAGUUGAGUGGAGUGCUCGGUUCCAAAUCCCAAGAGCAACACAGUCACGUACGCGACUCCACGAGCUACGCUUCCGCAAAGAAAUUGGACGUGGAUCAUUUCGUCCAGUCGUUCCAGUACGAGGUGAAGGAGGCAAUGAGCAAUCAGACGGAGCGCAAUAUUCUAAACGCGAACACCGACGAUAUGUUCGCCAGUAAACGCGACGACGCGCAUGCUUACGUUUCCUACUCCAACAAGGACGACAAGAAGAGUAACACCGUAGCAUCUACCAACGUCAUGACCGGCAACAAGCCGACAGUGCAACAGAACGUAGUUCAACGUUAUUCGCAGCAGACGUCGUUCGUCAGUACGUCCAAUUACGAGCAGAGUACAGCGACCGAGAAUCACGCCAAGUCCACCACUACCACCGCUCACAACUCGUCUAACAUUAAUAUCGUGUCGUGGACGACGCUCUUGCCAUCCAACGGAGGCAGCAAUAAUCUGGUACACUUUGAGCAGGCUCCACAUCCCAACGACAAUACUGAGGCGAAAAAUCUCUGCGAGAGUUACAACUACGUAUCUCUGCACAAGGAAAACCCGAAUUUUUCCAAUCAGGUAUUGACUAACGACAAUUACGCGAGCAGCUCGACAAUCUCCGGGAUGGAUAAACCUAGGGGGAAAAUCGAGUCGCAGAAACAGACCUUCGUCGAUCCCACGAAGAACAGGAACGAUCCGUCGAACGUCGCGUCCGUGGCGAAGCAGAAUAGGAUGCAGAAUCAACAGACCGGUAAUGACUACAAAUAUACUGACGGCGGGAAAAGCAAGAAUAAGUACGCCAUGGACUCGGACUACAUGUCGAACGAAUAUACUGCUAUGGAUCAACAGCAGCAACAACAGCAGCAGCAGCAACAAUCCCAACAUACUCCGAAAAAUCAUCAAAGCCUGUCAUCUAAGCAGGAGAAGUCUGUAUACAGCAUGCCAAGCUACGAGCCUCAAAUCAACUUCGAUUUAGCAGAGAACAAUGUACAAAUCAAAUACUCCAUCGAGGCUUACGCCGGCACGAACUUCAAGUACACCGAGAAAACCCAGCAGCAGAAUCAACACAAGUAUCAGACGUUGAGCCAAGGUCAGAUUCCUGGUUUACCGCACGAUAGCAGCAGUACCUACAGCAGCGACGUGAAGCAUGGCCAACAGCAGCAGCAGCCGCAACAACAGCAACAGCAAUCGCAUAACAACAGCGGCAGUAACAAAUCUAAGGGGAAUCAACAUCAACAUGCGAUCAAGGCGCCGGUCAACUGGAUGAUGACGCCAGAAGUCAAGCACAAUACCAAUAUCGACAUUAUCUUGCCGCCGAUCGGUAAAGAACUAGAAUUCUGUCCAAACAAUCUGUUCGCUCAGACGCCCAACUACAAUCAGGGCACGCCGAAUCAGUUCUACAAUAAUUACGACGUCGCCGCGCACAGUUUCUCGAAUUUGCCAGUCCUGCAAAGCAAUGAUCCAAAGCGACCGACUGAUACCUUCUACUCUGAGGAACAACCGUUCCCGUGGUCGCCGACGAAAAAUGGUGUGCACAACGUGGAGCACGGACAGUCAGUCAAGUGCAUCGACCAGCACAUCGUGCCAUCAAGUUUGCAGACUUUGGUGAGCGAUCUAGAUCUCGGCGCCAAUCUGACGGAGAAGCAGAACUUCUUAUUUGGCGCGACGCCUUCGUCAAGAGUCACCGCGGAGCCUAGCAAAGACGUAAUCAAGGAAAAAGAGGCGAACGUGCAGGGACGAGACUUCCACGCGAUACUGAACACGCAGAACGCGCAACAUCCGGCUUCCACUUUCCUAUCCGUAAGUCAACUCGUGGAGCACGAGAAGGCGGAGAAGUCCCAUCAGCAGCAGAGUCACCAACAGCAUCAGCAUCACCAACAUCACCAUCCGCACCAGCAUCAACAUUCGCAGCAACAGCAGCAGCAGCAAGCCAGGAAGCAUCAGAGAAAAAGUAACACGAGUCCUAGAACGACUAGUAAGCGACAGAUGGACAUCCGCAAAUCCACAACGACCAACGACAGUUUACACCAACGACACGAGGAGCAGAAAUCGUCUGGACACGUGUUCACAGAGCAGAGCUAUCAACAACCAUCGCAGCAGCAGCAGCAACAGCAACAACAACAACAACAGCAGCAGCAGCAACAAAAGUAUCAGCAAAACAACGUACACUGGAGAAGCAGAAACUGCAAGAGCAACUACACCGCGGAGGCGCUAAUUGGCACUAGUGUUCACGACGGCAGUCAUCAGGAUAAACACGCGUCGAUUAAGUUCACGGCGAACUACUCGCAGAAUAAGUUCCAGAGCGGCUUAUCCACCGCAGACGCCGCAGUUAUGCCGAUCAAUUAUUUCCCGAGCGCAGACGACGGUACCGGCUAUGGCCAGGUGGUGAAUCAAAAUUUCAACUCGUACGCGUACUCGUCCAACGCCAAUUCCAUCUAUCCCUCAAGUAACUUUAUCACCAGCAUCUCCAACGCGCCUAAUGGCUACAUGAUGCCGCUUCAUGAGAACGCCACCGAUUAUGUGGAGGCGAAUAGUUUCUUGCUGCCGAACGUGACGAGUUCGUCGAGCGCCAGCACGGUGAACACGUCCAGCGCAAACACCACCACCACCGCCAAUACGAAGAACCAUCCGCAUUACGGGAAACAUCCCAACUGCGACAAACGUUCGUAUUCCACCGCUGCGAAAAAGGGCAAGCGGAAGGGUCUCGACGGUCCAAUGCAGAACCUGGAGUUUCCUCUGUCCGGUAUAAACUCACCGUUGGAGGACUACCAUCACUCGACCUCCUUUCUGCCGCCGCCGCCGCCGCCACCGCCACCACCGCCGCCCCACGCCAAUCCCCUCUAUCAGAAUCACCCUCAAACGAAUGUUUACGCCAAGACUGCGAAUGGUCUUCCACCACCACCGCCGCCAACCGUGGCGGGGGCUCAGGGUGUCGCAGUCGUAGGCGCGCCCGGUUUCUCGAUGAACUCCAACAUGGUACGAGGAGGAAUCGUCUCGAGCAACCCGAUGGCGAUGCCGCAUCAUCCGUCAGGCACCAGUCUCACUAAUUUCAAUCUAAGCACAAUAUUUCCUGAAAUGAACGACAAAAUUACCGGCUAUAAACCUUCCAAUGGUAUACCACCCGGUCUAUCGCAAACGUCCAACCAGCCUACGACUUACGCGCAACGAACUAAUUACCCGUCGAACUCCCUGUGUCAUUUACCACAGGUGUGUUUAUAGAGUUUACGCGCAGUCUGCGUCCGAUUACGUGAGCCUAGGAAUAGCGUGUAUAUGCAAGAUGUCCGACAGCGUUAAUAAUGUUUCCGUGUAAAUUUCUCCAGCAUGUUCUGUAUUCAAAAAUAAGUAUAAGUGAGUUACACAAGUAACGUGUUUUGAAACAUACUUAUAUUUCAUUGACAGAGCCAAGACAAGAAAUGGGGAAUGUGAAAAAAAACUUAGAAAAGAAAUUUUUUACUGUCUCUGAGGAUUCUUGAGAAAAUAGUUUGUAACAAUAUGCUGGCGAAGUUUGUACAGGUGUCACGUUACUCGUCAGACAUCCUGUGUGUUACUUGCAUUUUAAAAAAUAUGCAGUUUACUAGUAGCGUUUCAUCACACGCUCCUAUUCCCUUUCUCCUUCCACCCGUAGUAAUCUAUUAUAAAAUCUAUUACAAAAGUCUAUGAAUAGGUUCAUAGUUUGUGAUACGAUCAAUCAACUUUUGUACAUAUGUAAAUAACUGUAUAAUUAAUUAACUUAAAGACGUUGAUACAAGAGAACAAUGUAUUAUA